UUGGAAGAAUAUUGUUCUCAGAGCCUGAGAAAUCUGGACUUACAAAGUGCUUACUACCUAGAGGAAUAUAAAGCGUGGAUAAUUGUCACUUUCUUGCAAUCAAUUUUAUGGUAUUUGUACCUCUUUUUCUGUAGUUUUAGAGCAAGAAACACCAUGAGCACCACCCAACGAAAGCGCCGUGGAGGAGCAGUUAAUUCUAGGCAAGCUCGGAAACGAAACAGGCUGGUGGCUUCUACCACAGAAAUGGCUUCAGAAGCAGAGCCAAUAGAACUUGAAGAAAGUGCUGGUGAAGAAGUAGUAGAUCUCACAUGUGAGUCGUCUGAACCUGUAGUUGUUGAUCUAACUCACAAUGAUUCUGUUGUGAUUGUUGAAGAGAAUCAGCGACAAAGGAGAAAUCUCAGGCUAAGGAGCCAGCGGCAGUCAGACAGCUGUGUUCUGAGCAGUGAUGAUGAAGAUGAAACGAGAGAUAACGAUGUGUAUGUGACAAAUAAAGUGUCUCAAGAAUUGGGACCACUGGAAGAUGAAACUGCAAGUUCGAAGCCGUCUGGUACCGUUAGCUGUCCCAUUUGCAUGGAUGGCUACUCAGAGAUUGUGCAAAGUGGACGACUGAUUGUGUCGACCAAAUGCGGCCAUGUCUUCUGCAGUCAGUGCCUCCGUGACUCCCUUAGGAAUGCCAACUCUUGCCCAACAUGCAGGAAGAAACUCACUCACAGACAAUAUCAUCCCAUUUAUAUAUGAAUACUUCACUUCUACUUCUCAGGACAGACUCAACUGGAUUUUUUGGGGGAAAAUGUCACAUUGUCAGUGCUCUGAAGAUUUAAAGAGCAGCAGGUUGUGCACACUUCCAUUUAAAACUGUGUGGGUUUUUUUUG